AUGGGAGAACAGGUUGCUGAAGUAAUUGAACAGAAUGAGGGGAGUAAAGAGGAGGAACAUCAUGUCAAAACUGAGGAAAAAACUCAUUUACAGACUGAUGAUAUUUUGAAAAGGAAAGACAAGAAUCGAUUCACCUGCAUUCAGUGUGGAAGGAGUUUGGCAAACAAAAGCAAACUUAAGAUUCACAUGAGGAUUCACACUGGAGAGAGACCAUUCACAUGCAUUCAGUGUGGGAAGAGUUUUAUCCGUUCAUCAUCCCUUAAUGUACACAUGAUGAGCCACACUGGAGAGAAACCAUUCUCUUGCACUCAGUGUGGAAAGAGUUUAGCAAGCAAAAGCAAACUUAAGAUUCACAUGAGGAUUCACACUGGAGAGAGACCAUUCACAUGCACUCAGUGUGGGAAGAGUUUCAGCCAAUCAUCAUCCCUUAAUCAACACAUGAGGAUCCACACUGGAGAGAAACCAUUCACAUGCACUCAGUGUGAAAAGAGCUUCAGCCAAUCAUCACACCUUAAUGAACACAUGAUGAUUCACACUGGAAAGAAACCAUUCACAUGCACUCAGUGUGGGAAGAGUUUCAGCCAAUCAUCAUCCCUUAAUCAACACAUGAUGAUUCACACUGGAAAGAAACCAUUUACAUGCACUCAGUGUAGGAAGAAUUUUUAUUGCUCAUCACACCUUAAUAAACACAUGAGGAUCCACACUGGAGAGAAACCAUUCACUUGCACUCAGUGUGGUAAGAGUUUCAGCCGAUCAUCAUCCCUUAAUCUACACAUGAGGAUCCACACUGGAGUGAAACCCUUCACAUGCACUCGGUGUGGGAAGAGUUUUACCUGCUCAUCACACCUUAAUCUACACAUGAGGAUCCACACUGGAGAGAAACCCUUCACAUGCACUCGGUGUGGGAAGAGUUUUAACUGCUCAUCCUCCCUUAAUCGACACAUGAGGAUCCACACUGGAGAGAAACCAUUCACUUGCACUCAGUGUGAAAAGAGCUUCAGCCAAUCAUCACACCUUAAUGAACACAUGAAGGUCCACUCUGGUGUGAAAGAGUAUAUGUGCUUUGAGUGUGAGAAGACUUUUAUUUCAGCUCCAAAAACUGCACCAAGCGAUUCACACUGGAGAGACCGUACAAUUGUUCAAACUUGCGUUCAUGUAGCUAGUGUUGUGUUGGAUGAUGUUAUCUGUCUGAUUCCCUGA